AUGUCUCCAUCCCCAACAGAGUCUCCCGUGGGCGCCGAUUCUGCAAAGUGGGAUCCUGAGGUUAUCGGCAUCGUUGGCCUCGUUUGCAGCAUCUUCCUGCUAUUCAGUUACUACAAGAUACUGGAAAGGAACUGCGCCACAUUUCGUGUAAUAGGCUUAUCGCGAAAUCCAGAGCAACGGAGGCGCCUUAAUCAGCAUCUUGAGGACUUCUCCUCCCAGCUCCAGAGCAGGGGUCUGGACUCCUAUGUCAUGCACUCCCUUCCCAUUACUCAGAUCAAGAAGUUGAAAGAUGGAGAGUUGAAUCCUAGGAAUUCGGUGUGUGCAGUUUGUUUGGGUGAAUUCGAACAAGAGGAGUGGGUGAAGCAUCUGCCUGUUUGCUCUCAUGUGUUUCAUGUCUCAUGCAUUGAUACUUGGUUUCAGACUCAUUCCAGCUGCCCUCUCUGCAGAUCUUAUGUAUGCCAGCCCAAUACGCCUUGUGAAUCAUCAAUCAACAUCAACAUCUAUCUGGAGGCUCUGAAUAGGGAGGACUUCCAUCGACAGACAUCAGAGCAUUACCAAGAACGACGUGAUCCUUCACAACGAGUAACAGCAUAA